GUCCAGUCGCAUUGCGGAGGUGGAAAAAAAAUUCCUCGUCCAUUUGGGCAUUUGAAUCGAAUAUCGAAUAUUCAAUUAAUUACCCCAAAAUCCAAAUGUUCGUGUGACCGACCGCCAACUCCAAGUAAUCUAGCGUUCCCUUGCCAUGCCAAAUAGAGUCGUGGCGCAAGAAAGCGACCCCCUGAGACACCCUCCGCACUAUCUGCACGAGCUGCCGCAAGAGGAUGAGGAACGGCUGGGCAAGCUGUUCAAUCUGUUGGACAAGAACGGGAACGGAAGGAUCGACAUUCACGACCUUUCUGCCACCCUCAAGAAGCACGGGCUGCUCCAUCACGGAUACGCUGAGAAAUUCCUUAAAAGCUCCAAGAGUCAGACUGGUGAUCUUUCAUUGGCUGAUUUUAUUUAUUAUGUCAGAGAGCACGAGAAAAACUUGAGACUGCAUUUUUCUCACCUAGACAAAAAUAAAGAUGGAAAAAUCGAUCUUGAUGAGCUCAUUCGAGCUUUUAGCGAUCUGGGAAUCCCUCUGGAGAGGGGUGAGGCGACGAAUCUCUUACAGAGAAUGGAUCAAGAUGGCAGUCUCAAUAUCAGCUAUGAUGAGUGGAGGGAUUUUCUGCUAUUGGCUCCAAGCACCAACAUCCAGGAUCUAAUCACCUACUGGAGACACUCCACGUACCUGGACAUUGGGGAGGAUAUGAACGUACCUGAUGACUUCACUCAAAAUGAGAUGCAAACUGGCAUGUGGUGGAGGCAUUUAGCCGCUGGCGGCAUUGCCGGAGCCGUCUCCAGGACUUGCACGGCCCCCCUAGACCGACUCAAAGUAUUUUUACAGGUGCAACCAUCGAAACAGAAAAUCAGAGACUGCUUCAAGUGCAUGGUGAAAGAAGGCGGAGUUUAUGGGCUGUGGCGAGGCAACGGCAUCAACGUGCUGAAAAUCGCGCCCGAAUCCGCCCUCAAGUUCGCCGCAUACGAGCAGAUCAAGAGGCUGAUCAAGGGUGAUUCUGAAGAGCCUCUUACUAUCUACCAAAGGUUUAUGGCGGGAGCUUUGGCAGGCGGUAUCAGCCAGAGCGCCAUCUAUCCCAUGGAGGUGCUGAAGACGCGACUGGCCUUGAGAAAGACCGGCCAAUACAAGAGCAUCGCCGAUGCCGCCUACAAGAUCUACGUGACCGAGGGACUGAUGAGCUUCUACAGGGGUUACAUUCCGAAUAUCUUAGGUAUUAUUCCGUACGCCGGCAUCGAUUUGGCCGUGUACGAAACGCUGAAAAAGAAAUAUUUCAUGACACACUCGAGCAACGAGCAGCCCACCUUCUGGACCCUGUUGGCGUGCGGCAGCGCUAGCAGCACCCUCGGCCAGAUGUGUUCCUAUCCGUUGGCCCUCAUCCGGACCAGACUGCAAGCCCAAGUCGCUCAUCCCGCCAUCGAUCCCACUUCUGCCACCAUGUCGGGCGUGUUUCGCACCAUCGUGGAAAAGGAGGGCGUGUUCGGCCUGUACAGGGGCAUCACGCCCAACUUCAUCAAGGUGAUGCCCGCGGUGAGCAUCAGCUACGUCGUCUACGAGUAUUCCAGCCGGUUGCUGGGCGUCAAUAUGACGUGAGGUGGCCGUGUGCCUAGCUAGGAGAAACACUGUGAAAGAAGAGAUUUUUUUGUUGAAUCGAAAUUAAUUUAUUUGUUGUUGCUCGCCCCGAAUGCGAGUGACUGAGCGCGCGCUGUGAACACGUGACACGGACAAGAGUUGUGUCGGACUUUUUUUUUCCCUUUCUUUUCAAAUGACUUGAGCAUGACAGAUUCGAGUGUACCUACCUCUAUUUACAAUUAUAAAUGAUGAGAAAUGUGUCCUUUGUUGGAAUGAAAUAAAUGGUAUCCAUUC